UCUCCGCUUGCCCCCCCCAGCCCAGCCUGGCGCGAGCGAGCGAGGCAGCGUGGGCUGAGGCAGAGGAGAAGCAGGCAGGAGCAGCAUGGAGGGCAGUUUUGACACCGAGGAGAGUUUUGACGACCCCUCCUGUCUCGCCCCCCAGCCGCCUGGCCCCGUGUCGCCCGCCAGGAGGCGUGUCAACGAGGUGAAGGAGACCAAGACCACGAUCAACGGCGUGACAUUCCCGCUUCCCGGAGAAGGACCCGAGCAGCAGCUGCUCAAGCCUAACGAAUGGAGCUACUGCGAUUACUUCUGGACGGACAAAAAGGACCCCCAGGGGGCCACGUCUGUGGCGGGCUUCGAGGUUCUCCUUCAGAAACAGCUGAAGGGCAAACAGAUGCAGAAGGAGAUGGCGGAGUUCAUCCAUGAGCGAAUAAAGAUGGAGGAGGAGUACGCCAAGAACUUGUCCAAACUGUCCCUCAGCACGCUGGCGGUGCAGGAAGAAGGCACUUUGGGAGAGGCGUGGACUCAGCUGAAGAAAAGUCUUCAUGACGAAGCCGAAGUUCAUCUCAAGUUCUCCAACAAGCUUCACUCUGAGGUGGAGAAACCGUUGUUGACGUUCCGAAGCGACCACUUCAAGAAGGACCUGAAGAAAUACGACCAUCACAUCGCUGACCUCAGGAAGCAGCUGGCUAGUCGCUACGCUAGCGUGGACAAAGCACGCAAAGCUCUGGCAGACCGUCAGAAAGAUCUGGAAGUGAAGACGCAGCAGCUGGAGAUCAAGCUAAGCAACAAGACAGAAGAAGACAUCAAAAAGGCUCGCAGGAAAUCCACACAAGCAGGAGAUGACUUGAUGCGCUGUGUGGACCUUUACAACCAGACUCAGUCCAAGUGGUUUGAGGAGAUGGUGACCACCAGCAUGGAACUGGAGAAACUGGAGGUGGAUCGCAUCGAGUGGAUCCAGCAACAUCUGCGCCAAUACACCACGCUGAGACAUGAGACCGACAUGUUCAACCACGGCACGGUGGAGCCGGUGGACCAGCUGCUGCAGGCGGUGGACCCGGCCAAGGACCGAGAGCUCUGGGUCAAAGAGAACAAGACGGGCGACGUGCGGCCCGUGGACUUGGACCUCUGAAGCCACGCCGGGGCGUGAGCACGCCCGCUAACACUGAUCCAGGGACGGCGCAUGAGGAAAGGAAGUGGUCCCAGUACCAGUCCCAGUACCAGAACCAGUACCAGCAUGUUCCAUGUACAUCUGCUUGAGUAUCAUCAGACAUGUCGUGCUGUUGUGAUGUUUUCUUCUUUGUAUGAACAAAUCCUGUCGUUAUUUUGGAUAUGAAGACUAUUUUCUUGUGGGUGGAAGCGCAUGCUUGCUUGUGGACGCGUCCUUCAACUGCAGGAACCUCAGAGACCAGGUUGGAGUUGCUCGGGAACGGGAUCAGUGUGCAGGAAAAAGCACGGGAACACCUUUGAGUGCCUAAAGUGUUCUUGAUCUAUUCUCCAGCAUUUGUCUUAUUUUUGCUAAUUGUACAGAGAUGACCGCCCAGUGGCGCCCCCUGCUGGUUUUAUCUGUGACUGCAUGUCCGUGUCUGUCCACAUUUGCUUUUGUGGCGUUCGUCUCCUUCUUCUGUCGCGAUGUUUAAAAAAAAAAAAGUUUUAAUUUGUGAUUGUAAAUUCAAUGUUGUCUUCUCAGCGUGUCCCGCUGCUCUCUGCUGCCCUCUUGUGGUGACAUCUUUGGAAUGUUUCGCUGACCUCAAAGUCCACACUGGAAUGCGGCGUCCAUAAUAAAGCUCCUCUUGGAAAAGUCAA